CGGUCUGUGCCCGCCCUCCGGGCUAUGCGGGGAGCAUGGGGCUGAGGAUGGAGAGCGGCAGCAGGCGGAGCCAAGUGAGUGAAUACCCAGCUGCUGGCAUUCCCAGAUGUGGUCCAGCAAGUCCAUUUAAAGGACACUUGAGUACUAAAAGUAAUGCUUUCUGCAUUGACUCCGCCCGAAGUCUAACUAGCCAGUACCUGAUCAGAGAUCAUAUGGUGUUUCAUUAUAACAAAAUCCUGUCAGCCAAAGCAGCCAUAGACUGUUCAAUGCCCAAAAGCAGGUUGACCAGCAUCAAAUUUGCUGAUCAACAAAGAAGAGAGAAACUGAAAAAGAAGAUAGCCAGGUGUGAAGAGGAAAUGAGCAUGAGGAGAACUUCCUCCAGAUCCAGUUCACGAGAGAGUGAAAGGCUGCUGCUCUCCUCUUUUGGGAAGAAUUACUUGGAAGCAGAAGACAAAGACUUUCUCUUCCCCUGUGCUCGACAGACACCGUGCCUAUCGCCUGCGCUGUCUCCGUACGGCGAGCGUGCCUUGGGCCACUCCAGUCCAGGAAAACUUGCCAGAAAGGAUUCACAGAACCCAUCUAAUGCAUCUAGCUCCAACUCAAGUGUCAGGACAUCAAGUACACGAAGAAAACGCUCUGGACAUUCAAGCAGUUGCUCCACUGGUAGUUUUGUGAACAUUAGUCACUCCCAGAGGUGUCAAGGAAUCAAGUCCAAAGUAUGCUGUGGGGAUCUCCUGCACAGGCACUCUGAAUUCUUUACUGAUAGCCGAAAACCUUUUACUCCACGCACCUUAGUAUCAGAUGCUAAACCUUUCCUGUCAGACUACAGGUAUUACACUCCUGCUCGAAAGAAAAGAAGAAAUCACUCCAAGCAGCAUGUGGAAGCUCAAACUCAGACUGAUGUGAUCAGCUUUCCAUCUGCAGACAAAGCAUCUGAGAGAGAAGUUAUGACUGAACAACAGGAGAUAAAACUGAAGGCUGAAGAGAGACGAUACACUGUGGAUGAGCCUGAGAGAGAAAUAGCUGCCUCUCCAUACUCCUUCCUAAGAGAGACAUCAUUGUAUUCGCAGCAGUCUUCAGCAAGGACGAUUAUUGAAGCUGAAGAAGAAGAAAUUUUAUAUUUAGCUUUCAUUGAAGAUGUAACAAAUGAAAUUCUUAGCCUGGGGGUAUUUUCUGACAGAGCCCUGGAACAACUGUUUGAGUGUCAUAUACAGGAAAAUAAGAACCGUUUGGAUGAGAGCAAAAUGAGGCACUUUUUGGAUGUGCUGAGAGCAGACCUUGGCUGCAGCUCGGGCAGUGGUGCAGAGCAAAUCCACACGGACUGGGAAGCCUUUGACUCGCUGGAUCUGAAAGAGUUUGAUAUCAUGGAAGAGCUCAAGUUUAGCAGUAAAAGUCAGAUGCAAAGAAAAGCUGCAAAACCCGAAUUCUUUGGGACCAUUGACUUACUAUUAAAGGAACCAAACAAAUGUGACUCACCAGUAUGCAGGGAAAGUUCAAAGGAGGCACAGACCAAGGACAACUUUUCAGGAGAUGUUGCUGAAAUGAUAGAUAGUGGGAGAGAGUUGGGUUGCUGUGUGAAAUCUGAAGAAGACCCACACACUUCACCCUCACGUGAGGCAACUUUGAACUUGAUUACUUGUAACAGUGAUUUGGAAGUCAACAAGGAACUCGAUGAUCUUGAGGAGAGCUUUGCAGAGACCCUUCAGAUCUCACAUGACUAUUUAAAAUGGUAG